AUGGCUGGGUUGAUGGAUGAGAAAAUGCACGGGCUGGACAAUCCGGCGGAGCCGACGCCCCUGAUGCGUGACAGCGACUCCUCGACACGGCUGGACGUGGCUGGCAGCGUGAUGGACGGCCUCGCGGAGGAUGUCGACGUGGCCAAGUACACUGUGUACAAGUCGAGGUGGCUGAUGUUGGCGUUCUUCGUCGUGUACUCUGCGUCCAACUCGCUCCAGUGGACGCAGUACACGAUAAUCCAGGACGUGGUGGUGAGGUACUACGGCGUGGCGAGCAAUGUGGUCUCGUGGACGUCCAUAGUGUACAUGAUCACGUACGUGCCGCUGAUCUUCCCCGCUAGCUGGCUGUUGGAUAAGACGAAUUUUGGUGUCAGUAAAAUGUCCGUGUCAGUUGAUCGACAGCUGACGAGUGGCUUCAGUAAAAUGGUUAAUCCGAUAGACGUAGUACCCAUUGACAUAUACAAUAUUAGCGGUAGUGUUAAGGACGGUAGCACGGAAGACGUCAGUGCAAUAGAGUACACAGUGCACAAGUCGAGGUGGGUGAUGCUGGCCCUCUUCGUUGUGUACUCUGCGUCCAACUCGCUCCAGUGGAUGCAGUACACGAUAAUCCAGGACAUAGUGGUGGGGUACUACGGCGUAGAGAGCACAGUGGUCUCGUGGACUUCAAUGGUUUACAUGGUCACUUACGUUCCGCUGAUAUUCCCCGCGAGUUGGCUGCUCGACAAGACCGUUGCUGCU